UUGCCAAUAUAAUAGUAUUCAAUGUAAUGGAUGAUUACGGGCUACGGCUCUAGCAAGUUAAGUGAGAUGAAAUAUAUAAAAAGGAAAUUGAUUUCUGGUGUUGUGAGAGGGAAUUUUAAAAGAAAUACUAGAGAUAUUUUACAAUCUUCGUAUGAUUUAUAAUUUUGUAUGAAAUGUAUAUGACGUGGUUAGUUCGAUUUUUUAGUUAAUUAGGUGUUUGCUUAAAAAUAUCAAUAUUCAGUAUAUUUCAAUAUCAAAACCAGUGGUGGCCAACCAUUUUAUUUAUAAUUUUAUAUAUAUAUAAUUGUAUUUUAUUCGACGCUAUAGUACGCCAUUCAAUAACAUCAAAUGUGCCACAAAAGCACGCAGGUAACCCACCUCUAACCUUAACAACAACAAUAAUUUUAAAAAACAUCUCAUACAAAAAUUUUUGUUUUUUUCUAAGCUACUGAAAACCCGUAUACACCAAUAUUAACCAGAAUAAUAACGGUUAUUAGCACCCAAAUUUGUUUAUAUAGAGAGUGUUUAUACAUUAAUUGUGUUUCCAUGUAUUCACAGGCGUUUCAAUAAUUAAUCCGUAACGAUAUUUCGUUUUACCGAAUUGUUUUUAUUAUUUAUUGCGUUUCACUCGCAGAUGAGUACUAAGAUUCCGUGUGUUUUGCCACCAUCAGAAAUGGAAAACAGUAACAGAAUGUCGGAUGUAAAUGACAACGGUCGCAGGUAUAAGGUUGACAUCCUGUACGGUCCGACCAUAGUCUGUGGAGUCCUGAAACACCGCACGACAAGGGUAGAACAUAUCAAAGAGAAACUGGAAAAACUGGGAUUCGAGGUGAAACUCAGGCGGACUCUGGACUACGAUAUGGUGAUAUUUGCGUUCGAAGGCCAUACGGUUUUCACGUGCCUAGCAACCAACCUGUCGGUCUUGGGCUGUUCAACCAACGACCCCACGGUGUACCGACUGAUCAGCCUGAUGUUGGCCGAACGAAAUUAUGCUAGUAGAAGCUGUAAAAUAUUUAAAUGUUAAAAAAAAUUCACUGCGCCAAAAAUCAAACCAUGUAGAAAUAUAGAAAUAAGGCAUUAAAUCUUGUCAAAACUAAAGCAACU